CGUGCGGCUCCUCAAAGUUUCCCGGGCUGUCAUCUGUCCCGUGACGGUGCGGUGACUUUAUCCACGGCAGGAAGGAAGAGAGGGGGGAGCGGCACCGUUUGACUCCGCUCCGGAGAGCCUGUCCCCCGCCCCCCUCCACCCUCCACCCCGGUUCAUUUACAGUAACUCCCGGGCGAGUUUGUGGCUGCUGCUCAGUGCUACACGGGGAAUAUGGCCGUGUUGAAGAUACAAGACCAGCCGUCUCUUUUAAGAGCCAUCUUCAACGUGGACCCAGAUGAAGUUCGCUCUCUCAUAUUCAAGAAAGAGGAUGUCAACAUUCAGGACAAUGAGAAGCGGACACCGCUACACGCUGCAGCCUAUCUGGGAGACGCUGAGAUCAUCGAACUGCUCAUCCUCUCAGGAGCCAGAGUUAAUGCCAAAGACAACAAGUGGUUGACUCCUCUUCAUCGAGCUGUCGCCUCCUGUAGUGAGGAUGCAGUGGCAGUGCUGCUGAAGCACAGCGCCGAUGUCAACGCCAGGGACAAGAAUUGGCAGACUCCGCUCCACGUUGCGGCUAGCAACAAGGCGGUACGCUGUGCCGAGGCUUUGGUCCCACUGCUCAGCAAUGUCAACGUGUCUGACCGGGCAGGACGCACAGCCCUGCACCAUGCUGCCUUCAGUGGACAUGUUGAGAUGGUGAAGUUGCUGCUGUCCAGAGGAGCCAACAUUAAUGCAUUUGACAAGAAGGACAGGAGAGCCAUCCACUGGGGAGCUUACAUGGGUCACCUAGAGGUGGUAAAGUUACUAGUGGCCAGUGGAGCAGAAGUUGAUUGUAAGGACAAGAAAGCCUACACCCCGCUUCAUGCAGCUGCCUCCAGUGGCAUGAGCAGCACAGUGCACUACCUGCUGAGCCUCGGGGUCCACGUCAAUGAGGUGAACGCCUAUGGCAACACUCCUCUCCACUUGGCCUGCUACAACGGACAGGAUGUGGUUGUCAGUGAGCUCAUUGAGGCAGGGGCAAAUGUCAACCAGGUGAACGAGAGGGGUUUUUCUGCCCUGCACUUUGCUUCCUCCUCACGUCAGGGGGCGCUGUGCCAGGAGCUGCUGUUAGCCCACGGAGCUCACAUCAACAUGCAGAGUAAGGACAGUAAGACUCCCCUCCACAUGGCAGCUACUCAUGGAAGGUUCUCCUGCUCGCAGGCCCUCAUUCAAAAUGGAGCUGAGAUUGAUUGUGAGGACAAGAGCAGAAAUACUGCCCUUCACAUCGCUGCUCGUUGUGGCCAUGAACUCAUCAUCACAGCACUCAUCAAACACGGAGCCAACACCGCCAAGAGAGGAAUUCACGGGAUGUUCCCCCUACACCUGGCAGCUCUCAGCGGCUUCUCAGAUUGCUGCAGGAAGCUGCUGUCCUCAGGGUUUGACAUAGACACCCCUGAUGACUUUGGAAGGACCUGUCUUCAUGCUGCUGCAGCUGGAGGGAACUUGGAGUGUCUGAACUUGCUGUUAAACAUCGGAGCAGACUUCAACAGGAAAGACAACUUUGGCAGGACUCCACUACACUAUGCAUCAGCCAACUGUAACUACCAGUGUGUGUUUGCUCUGGUGGGCUCUGGAGCGAGCAUCAAUGAGCUGGACCAGAGAGGCUGCAGCUCUCUGCACUACGCUGCUGCAGCGGAUACUGAUGGGAAGUGUGUGGAGUACCUGUUGAGGAACGAUGCUGAUCCAGCAGUGAGAGACAAGCAAGGUUACAGUGCAGUGCACUAUGCUUCAGCUUACGGACGCACACUCUGCCUGGAACUGAUGGCAAGUGAGACGCCUCUUGAUGUGUUGAUGGAGACAUCGGCAACAGACACGCUGAGUGACUCUGAGAGCCAGGCCCCCGUCAGUCCACUCCACCUCGCGGCUUACCACGGACACUGUGGAGCUCUAGAGGUUCUCCUGUCGUCCCUGCUGGACGUGGACGUUUGCAGCCCAGAGGGCAGGACCCCCCUCAGCCUGGCCUGCUCCAGGGGUCAUCAGGAGUGUGUCUCCCUGCUGCUGCACCAUGGUUCCUCCCCCAUGACCCGGGACUACACACACAAAAAGACAGCCAUACAUGCUGCAGCUAUGAAUGGCCACCCAGAGUGCCUGCGCCUGCUCAUGAGCAACAACAACCAACACAUUAAUGUAGAUGCACAAGACAUCAGUGGACAGACUCCGCUGAUGUUGGCGGUGCUGAACGGACACACAGAGUGUGUGUACUCUCUCCUCGGCCAAGGAGCCAGUGUAGAGAAUCAGGACCGCUGGGGCAGGACGGCUCUACAUCGAGGGGCGGUGACAGGGCAGGAGGAGUGUGUGGAGGCCCUCCUCCAGCGGGGGGCCAGUGUGUGUGUCAGAGACAUCCGGGGCCGCUCCCCUCUACAUCUAGCAUCUGCCUGCGGUCGUAUGGGCGCCCUGGGUGCUCUGCUGCAGGCCGCCACCACCACUUCACAUGCUCAAACACACCUCACUGACAACCAGGGCUACACACCACUGCACUGGGCCUGCUACAAUGGAUAUGAUGCAUGUGUGGAGGUGUUGUUGGACCAGGAGGUGUUCAAGAAGAUUAAGGGCAACUCUUUCAGUCCACUGCACUGUGCUGUUAUGAACGAUAACGAGGGAGUGGCUGAGAUGUUAAUUGACUCUCUGGGCACAACCAUUGUCAACGCCACUGACUCCAAGGGCAGGACCCCCCUGCAUGCUGCAGCCUUUUCCGACCACGUGGAGUGCGUCUCCCUUCUGCUGAGCCACGGAGCCCAGGCCAACGUGGUCGACACACACUUGCGCAGGACACCACUGAUGAUGGCAGCUCUAAACGGACAGACCAAUACUGUGGAGGUGUUGGUGAGCAGUGCUAAAGCAGACUUGACACUACAGGACGCACACAGGAACACUGCGUUACAUCUGGCGUGCAGCAAGGCUCAUGAGACGAGUGCCUUGUUGAUUCUGGAGAAGACCAGCGACAGAAACCUCAUCAACUGCACCAAUGCUGCUCUCCAGACGCCUCUGCACGUAGCAGCAAGAAAGGGAUUGACAGUGGUUGUCCAGGAGCUGCUGGGGAAAGGAGCCAGUGUGUUAGCAGUGGACGAGAACGGUUACACUCCAGCUCUGUCCUGCGCUCCCAACCGAGAUGUGGCCGACUGCCUGGCGCUCAUCCUCAACUCCAUGAUGCCCACCUCCCCCAUGGUCACCAUAGCAGCUCUCCCUGCACUUUCUCUCACCCAGACUGUCAUCAACCACCACCCCACCAACAACCACAUCUCCAAAGGCGUGGCCUUUGACACCCCACCUCCUCUGAGGCCUGACCACGCCUCCUACUGCAGGCCAGAGCGCCCGCUGUCCUCCGUCUCUGGGGACGAUGAACUGAAUGACUCAGACUCAGAGACAUACUGACGACUUUCCUGCUAUUGGACAGAGCCCCACAAUACUGGCAGGCUAGCCAGCCACUCAGGAGCCUUAAUAGACCACUGACAAGGCAAGCAGAGAGGGAGAAAAUAGAGCCAGUGUGCUGAUUAUUUUUAGGUAAAGCUCUUUAAAUCUAAAAAUAACCCUUGCUGUAAACCAGAUGUUGGUUUCCUCAAGCUGCAUACUCAUGGGGUGGAGAUGAUGUUGUAGAAAACAGAAUAAGGUGAAUACACACUACAUUUCUCUCAGACAGUAUCACUGUAUGGUCAGUAACAUGGCCAGUGUCUUUUUAAAUAUAAAGUGAUGUUUCUCUUUUUAAAUUAAGCCUAUACUCUUUGCUGGUCCUUUCUGGAGUGGUUUUAAGCUUUUUCGCAGUUUUUCUUUCAAAUAUUAAUAGAAGAGCAUCAACUGGAGGAAAGCUCAGAGGAUUGUUUUUCUUUUUCUAGCAGGAUUGUCUCAAGUAGAAAUAGAGGGACAAUCUUAUGGGACCAGGACAUGAUUACUGAUGAUUACUGUUUUUCCUUCUGUACUCUUUAGUUUUUUUUCAGAGUUCUUCAACUUAUCAUGGAAGACACUGACGGCUGUCAGAUUGGUAAUGCUUUGUCCUCGAACCACUUUUCCUAGGAGAGGAAGUCAUUAUUGAAUCCUAUGAAUUUAUUCUGAGUGGAAACUGAAUCCUUGGGAGCUGAUUGUGACAGCAGGAGGAUGUAAGAACCAUUUACUGUAUGUUUGGUCCACAGCUGAGAUGACUGACAAUAGCCGAACGAGCAACCUGAGGAACUUUAAACUUGAGAAGCUGUAAUUACUCAAUGUCUAUGUACUGUACUGGAGACGAGGGAAAGUGGCAGACACUGUGUGUGUGUGUGUGUGUGUGUGUGUGUGUGUGUGUGAGGGGAAAAAUAAAUAAAUAAAUAAAUGAAAAAUGCCUUUUUAGGAACAAAAAACUUUCAGGCAGAGGAUGAACGCUACAUGGUGCAAUGUUUUUAAAGAUUAACUAAUGAAUGAAUAAAGAUAUUUGUUUUUGAUUUA